CGGCUUCAGCUGCUGCCGCCUCAGCCCCUCCAGAGCGACCGCGGCGGCUGCGGCUGAGUCGGUCGCGGCGGCGGCGGCUGCGGGCUGAGCGGCGAGUUUCCGAUUUAAAGCUGAGCUGCGAGGAAAAUGGCGGCGGGAGAGUUUAACUUUUGUCACCCAGGCUGGAGUGCAGCGGCAUGAUCUCGGUUCACUGCACCCUCCACCUCUUGGAUUUGAGCGAUUCUUCUGCCUCUCAGUCUCCUGAGUAGCUGGGAUUACAGGAUCAAAAUACUUGCUGGACGGUGGACUCAGAGACGAAUAAAAAUAAACUGCUUGAGCAUCUUUUGACUGGUUAGCCAGAUGGAGUCUUGCUGUUGCCAGGCUGGAGUGCAGUGGCAUGAUCUCAGCUCACUGCAACCUUACCUCCCAGGUUCAAGUGAUCCUCCUGCCUCAGUCUCCUGAGCAACUGGGACUACAGUUGCCGAUGUAUAUUCAAGAUGAGUGGAUUAGGAGAAAACUUGGAUCCACUGGCCACUGAUUCACGAAAACGAAAAUUGCCAUGUGAUACUCCAGGACAAGGUCUUAUUUGCAGUGGUGAAAAGCGGAGACGGGAGCAGGAGAGUAAAUAUAUUGAAGAAUUGGCUGAGCUGAUAUCUGCUAAUCUUAGUGAUAUUGACAAUUUCAAUGUCAAACCAGAUAAAUGUGUGAUUUUAAAGGAAACAGUAAGACAGAUACGUCAAAUAAAAGAGCAAGGAAAAACUAUUUCCAGUGAUGAUGAUGUUCAGAAAGCUGAUGUGUCUUCUACAGGGCAGGGAGUUAUUGAUAAAGACUCUUUAGGACCACUGUUACUUCAGGCGCUGGACGGUUUCCUGUUUGUGGUGAAUCGAGAUGGAAACAUUGUAUUUGUGUCAGAAAAUGUCACACAAUACCUGCAAUAUAAGCAAGAGGACCUGGUUAACACAAGUGUUUACAAUAUCUUACAUGAAGAAGACAGAAAGGAUUUUCUUAAAAAUUUACCAAAAUCUACAGUUAAUGGAGUUUCCUGGACAAAUGAGACCCAGAGACAAAAAAGCCAUACAUUCAAUUGCCGUAUGUUGAUGAAAACACAUGAUAUUUUGGAAGACAUAAACACCAGUCCUGAAAUGCGCCAGAGAUAUGAAACAAUGCAGUGCUUUGCCCUGUCUCAGCCACGAGCUAUGAUGGAGGAAGGGGAAGAUUUGCAAUCUUGUAUGAUCUGUGUGGCACGCCGCAUUACUACAGGAGAAAGAGUAUAUCCAUCAAACCCUGAGAGUUUUAUUACCAGACAUGAUCUUUCAGGAAAGGUUGUCAAUAUAGAUACAAAUUCACUGAGAUCCUCCAUGAGGCCUGGCUUUGAAGAUAUAAUCCGAAGGUGUAUUCAGAGAUUUUUUAGUCUAAAUGAUGGGCAGUCAUGGUCCCAGAAACGUCACUAUCAAGAAGCUUAUCUUAAUGGCCAUGCAGAAACCCCAGUAUAUCGAUUCUCAUUGGCUGAUGGAACUAUAGUGACUGCACAGACAAAAAGCAAACUCUUCCGAAAUCCCGUAACAAAUGAUCGACAUGGCUUUGUUUCAACCCACUUUCUUCAGAGAGAACAGAAUGGAUAUAGAACAAACCCAAAUCCUGUUGGACAAGGGAUUAGACCACCUAUGGCUGGAUGCAACAGUUCAGUAGGCGGCAUGAGUAUGUCACCAAACCAAGGCUUACAGAUGCCAAGCAGCAGGGCCUAUGGCUUGGCAGACCCUAGCACCACAGGGCAGAUGAGUGGAGCUAGGUACGGGGGUUCCAGUAACAUAGCUUCAGUGACCUCUGGGCCAGGCAUGCAAUCACCAUCUUCCUACCAGAACAACAACUAUGGGCUCAACAUGAGUAGCCCCCCACAUGGGAGUCCUGGUCUUGCCCCCAACCAGCAGAAUAUCAUGAUUUCUCCUCGUAAUCGUGGGAGUCCAAAGAUGGCCUCACAUCAGUUUUCUCCUGUUGCAGGUGUGCACUCUCCCAUGGGAUCUUCUGGCAAUACUGGGAGCCACAGCUUUUCCAGCAGCUCUCUCAGUGCCCUGCAAGCCAUCAGUGAGGGUGUGGGGACUUCUCUUUUAUCUACUCUGUCAUCACCAGGCCCCAAAUUGGAUAACUCUCCCAAUAUGAAUAUAACCCAGCCAAGUAAAGUAAGCAGUCAGGAUUCCAAGAGUCCCCUAGGCUUUUAUUGUGACCAAAAUCCAGUGGAGAGUUCAAUGUGUCAGUCAAAUAGCAGAGAUCACCUCGGUGACAAAGAAAAUAAGGAGAGUAGUGUUGAGGGGUCAGAGAAUCAAAGGGGUCCUUUGGAAAGCAAAGGUCAUAAAAAAUUACUGCAGUUACUUACCUGUUCAUCUGAUGACCGGGGUCAUUCCUCUUUGACCAACUCCCCACUAGAUUCAAAUUGUAAAGAAUCUUCUGUUAGUGUUACCAGCCCCUCUGGCGUCUCCUCCUCAACAUCUGGAGGAGUAUCCUCCACAUCCAGUAUGCAUGGGUCACUGUUACAAGAGAAGCACCGGAUUUUACACAAGUUGCUGCAGAAUGGGAAUUCACCAGCUGAAGUAGCCAAGAUUACUGCAGAAGCCACUGGGAAAGACACCAGCAGUAUAACUUCUUGUGGGGACGGAAAUGUUGUCAAGCAGGAGCAACUGAGUCCUAAGAAGAAGGAGAAUAAUGCACUUCUUAGAUACCUGCUGGACAGGGAUGAUCCUAGUGAUGCACUCUCUAAAGAACUACAGCCCCAAGUGGAAGGAGUGGAUAAUAAAAUGAGUCAGUGUACCAGCUCUACCAUUCCUAGCUCAAGUCAAGAGAAAGACCCUAAAAUUAAGACAGAAACCAGUGAAGAGGGAUCUGGAGACUUGGAUAAUCUAGAUGCUAUUCUUGGUGAUCUGACUAGUUCUGACUUUUAUAAUAAUUCUGUAUCCACAAAUGGUAGUCAUCUGGGGACCAAGCAACAGAUGUUUCAAGGAACAAAUUCUCUGGGUUUGAAAAAUCCACAGUCUGUGCAGUCUGUUCGUCCUCCAUAUAACCGAGCAGUGUCUCUGGAUAGCCCUGUUUCUGUUGGCUCAAGUCCUCCUGUAAAAAAUAUCAGUGCUUUCCCCAUGUUACCAAAGCAACCCAUGUUGGGUGGGAAUCCAAGAAUGAUGGAUAGUCAGGAAAAUUAUGGCUCAAGUAUGGGUGGACCAAACAGAAAUGUGACUGUGACUCAGACUCCUUCCUCAGGAGACUGGGGCUUACCAAACUCAAAGGCCAGCAGAAUGGAACCUAUGAAUUCAAACUCCAUGGGAAGACCAGGAGGGGAUUAUAAUACGUCUUUACCCAGAGCUGCACUGGGUGGCUCUGUGCCCACGUUGCCUCUUCGGUCUAAUAGCAUACCAGGUGUGAGACCAAUGUUGCAGCCUCAGCAACAGCAGCAGCAGAUGCUUCAAAUGAGGCCUGGUGAAAUCCCCAUGGGAAUGGGGGCUAAUCCCUAUGGCCAGGCAGCAUCAUCUAACCAACUCGGUUCCUGGUCCGAUGGCAUGUUGUCCAUGGAACAAGUUCCUCAUGGCACUCAAAAUAGGCCCCUUCUCAGGAAUUCCCUGGAUGAUCUUGUCGGGCCGCCUUCCAACUUGGAAGGCCAGAGUGAUGAAAGAGCAUUACUGGACCAGCUACACACUCUUCUCAGCAACACAGAUGCCACAGGCCUGGAAGAAAUUGACAGAGCUUUAGGCAUCCCUGAACUUGUCAAUCAGGGACAGGCUUUAGAACCCAAACAGGAUGCUUUCCAAGGCCAAGAAGCAGCAGUAAUGAUGGAUCAGAAGCCAGGAUUAUAUGGACAGACGUAUCCAGCACAGGGGCCUCCAAUGCAAGGAGGCUUUCAUCUUCAGGGACAAUCACCAUCUUUUAACUCUAUGAUGAAUCAGAUGAACCAGCAAGGCAAUUUUCCUCUCCAAGGAAUGCACCCACGAGCCAACAUCAUGAGACCCCGAACAAACACCCCCAAGCAACUUAGAAUGCAGCUUCAGCAGAGGCUACAGGGCCAGCAGCUUGUCUCACCUCAGUUUUUGAAUCAGAGCCGACAGGCACUUGAAUUGAAAAUGGAAAACCCGACUGCUGGUGGUGCUGCGGUGAUGAGGCCUAUGAUGCAGCCCCAGGUGAGCUCCCAGCAGGGUUUUCUUAAUGCCCAAAUGGUUGCCCAACGCAGCAGAGAGCUGCUAAGUCAUCACUUCCGACAACAGAGGGUGGCUAUGAUGAUGCAGCAGCAGCAGCAGCAGCAACAACAACAGCAGCAGCAACAGCAGCAGCAGCAGCAGCAAACCCAGGCCUUCAGCCCACCUCCUAAUGUGACUGCUUCCCCCAGCAUGGAUGGGCUUUUGGCUGGACCUGCAAUGCCACAAGCUCCACCACAGCAGUUUACAUAUCAACCAAAUUAUGGAAUGGGACAACAACCAGAUCCAGCCUUUGGUCGAGUAUCUAGUCCUCCCAAUGCAAUGAUGUCGUCAAGAAUGGGUCCCUCCCAGAAUCCCAUGAUGCAACACCCCCAGGCUGCAUCCAUGUAUCAGUCCUCAGAAAUGAAGGGCUGGCCUUCAGGAAGUUUGGCCAGGAACAGCUCCUUUUCCCAGCAGCAGUUUGCCCACCAGGGGAAUCCUGCAAUGUAUAGUAUGGUGCACGUGAACGGCAGCAGCAGCCACAUGGGGCCAAUGAACAUGAACCCCAUGCCCAUGUCUGGCAUGCCUAUGGGUCCUGAUCAGAAAUACUGCUGACAUCUCUGCACCAGGACUUCUAAGGAAACCACUGUACAAAUGACACUGCACUAGGAUUUUUGGGAAGAUACCAUGUUCCGGGCAUCCAUUUUUGAAGAAAGCUCUGUCAAGGGCAUUUUAACUGAUGUCAUUUGAGCAGGACUGGAUUUUAAGCCGAACUGCAAUAUCUACCUAUUUCCCCCUGCCCUCCUAUGUAUUAUGGUGUUCAAAACAGAAAUGUUUUUGGCAUUCCACCUCCUAGGGAUAUAAUUCUGGAAAUGUGGCGUGUUACUGAUCAUAAAAGUUUUGUCACUUUUUUCUGCCUUGCUAGCCAAAGUCUUUUAAAUCCAUGUAGGUGGGUCAGAGAACACUGGAAGAAUCUCGAGAGAUGAGAACAUCUGCUUUUGCUAGUUGCAGUACUGGACUAAGAGCACAGUCCCAGCCUUCAAGUGUUUUUGUCACUACCAAGUAGUUCUGUUGACCCUUUGUCCAGUGGAAUUGGUGAUUCUGAAUUGUCCUUCCCUGAUGCUGUUGAGUUGCUCUUUCCCUAUUAUUUGUUGUCCUAGGCUUUCUCCUAAUGGUUUUCAUUUACCGCUCAUGUCCUGUAAUACUUCACCUCCAGGAACUGUCAUUGAUGUCCAAUGGCUUUGCAGAAGGGAAAAUGAGAUGACAGUAUUAAUUGCAGCAGAAGCAAACUUUUCACAUGCUAAUGUGCAGCGGAGUGCACUUUAUUUAAAAAGUAAUGGAUAAAUGCAAUGUUCUUGAGGUCUUGAGGGAAUAGUGACACACAUUCCUGGUUUUUGCCUACACUUAUGUGUUGGACAAGAACUAUGAAUUUUUUUUUAAGUACUGGUGUUACCCUUUGCCUAUAUGGUAGAGCAAUAAUGCUUUUUGAAAAUAAACUUCUGAAAACCCAAGGCCAGGUACUGCAUUCUGAAUCAGAAUCUCGCAGUGUUUCUGUGAAUAGAUUUUUUUUGGUGUGUGUAAAUACGACCUUUAAGAUAUUGUAUUAUGUAAAAUAUGUAUAUACCUUUUUUGUAGGUCACAACAACUCAUUUUUACAGAGUUUGUGAAGCAAAAUAUUUAACAUUGUUGAUUUCAGUAAGCUGUGUGGUGAGGCUACCAAUGGAAGAGACAUCCUUUGACUUUCGUGGCCUGGGGGAGGGAUGGUGCUCCACAGCUUUUCCUUCCCCAGCCCCCAGCCUUAGAUGUCUCACUCUUUCAAUCUCUUCAUAUAAGUCCUUUUUAAAGAGAUUUGUUUAGAUGUAGGCAUUUAAAUUUUUAAAAAAUUCCUCUACCAGAACUAAGCACUUUGUUAAUUUGGGGGGAAAGAAUAGAUACAGGGAAAUAAAAAAAGAAAAGGUAUCAGGAAUUCAAAAAAAUUAAGCAAUUUGAUUGAAAAGAAAAUCUUUUGGAUUUUAAGCAGUCCGUAAGUUAAAUAGCAGCAAUUCAUGGGAUUUGUUUGUGUGUGUUCAGUUAUAUUACCUUUUCAUCCCCUUUAGGAGUGUUCUUGGAUUUUGGUUUCUAAGACCUGAAUCCCACACAGAGAUCUCCAGUAGAAUCUUGGUGUGGGUUCUGGUGUCUGCUCAGCUGUCCCUCAUUCUACUAAUGUGAUACUUUCAUAAUAUCCCUGUGAAUUAGAAUAGGGUCACUGUUAUUUCUUAAGGAACUCAGUACCCAGAACAGUCGGUUUUACUGUGAUUGAGAGCCACAGUCUAAUUGAGUACCUUUUAAACCCCUCCCUCUUCUGCCCCAGGCCACUUUCUGCUCUUGCCUCCCUUUGACACCUAUUUUAGUCAGUUGGGAGUAAGGGAAAAACCAAAUUUAAUUCCCUUUAUCUGGGGUACUUCAUUUGGUUCGAAUAGUUGAAGGAACUGGGUUUUUGAAUGUCUAUGAAUUUCAAAGGUCUCUGCUAGCCUUGGUGUCAUUUUCUAGCAAUAACUGAGAGCCAUUAAUUUUUUAAAAAAAUUUCCACGUUUAGCCAGUCUUUCUAGAUGUCUCUGAAGGUAAGAUCAUUUAAUAUCUUUGAUAUGCUUACAAAUAAGUGAAUCCUGGUAUUUCCAGACCCACCACUAGAGUGGAUUUUCAAAACAGUGUAGACAAUUAUGAGUUUGCCUUCUUCCCCCCACCAAGUUCAAACUAUAUCUAAGAAUGUAAAUCCCAAAACUUCCAUGGUAGUGGCCUGCGAUUUCCAGAUGGUAUGUGCUCCUGUGUGGAGACAGAGGCACAGCCGAGUUAGUCUGUCUCAUGUAUUUCAGCUCAAUUGUGUCUGAACCUUCUUUAAGUUAUGUGUGUGGGGAGAAAUAGAGUGGUGCUCUUACCUUUCUUGACUAUAAAAAAUUCUUUCCUUAAACCUGGCUCCAGGCUUACUGGAAGGCAGCACUCCCUUUUUUAUAUAGUGGAAAAAUGAAGUUUAUUAUAAGUUUUUAUAUUUUCUACUUGUUCAUUUGAUUGGUGCAAACUCAAGAUUUUGAUUUCUUUUACUAGGUGCAGUCUUUGAGAUAAUUUGUUUUUACCUGUAUUGCCCUUUACCUUUUUUAGAUAAUUCUUUGUACUCCUGCUGUCUACCUCUCUUCACACCCCUGCACCCCCCAUUUUUUCAAACCUUGGUAUCUGUUCUUUUCAUCUGCUUUUAGAAUGUGGGAUAUUUCCAGUACCUACUUUUUUUUUUGCUGAAUCCAAAGAUAUAUAAAUAAAAUAUAUAUUUUAUAAAGAUCAGAAUGAUAUAAAGGAGAUACAUGUUUCUUCCUUUAAAAAAUAAAUGGAAGUUACAUUGUUGAUGUUCAUAUUAUGAUGCCACUUUGCUAAACUACAUCUGGAUUGAAAGGUGUACAUAUCAACAACAGUGCUACUUAGUUUAUCAGUAUUUAAUAGCUAAGGUGAGUUGGGGGGUGUCUGUAUUAGGGGUCGGGUAUUACAGAAGAUAAUUGGCUUGAUGUCCUAAAAGUUCUUUGGUCCAGAGGUAGAGGCAGCUGAAGGUGAACAGAAUGGAUUGCUGGUUACAUGUGUAACUGCCCAGUUCCUUUUUAUUUGCAGAAGCUGUGAGUUUUGUUCACAAUUAGGAGGUUCAUAAGAGCAAAACCUCAAGGAUUGAUGUAAUCAGAGGAACAAGAGUUGUCUUCAACUCCAAGGCACACUUGUUGAUACAGACGAGCAGGGUGUUUUCUCUCCCUCUAAUACAUGGAAUUUCAAAGAAGAUGGAAAUGUCAUUCUGAGAGCAAUAUUUAAAUUCUCAGGAAUUGACUUAGACUCUUGAGAAUGAAUUCAGUUUCAAUCAUCAAGUUUACAUUGUGUUACUUUAAAAAAAAAAAAAAAUUCUUUAUCCUGCAAAGAAUCGAAACCACAUGAAUGACUUAUGGGGGAUGGUAAGCUUCGACUGCUUUGCUGACCAUUUUGGAUGUCAUUGUAAAUAAAGGUUUCUAUUUAAAA